AUGCGAUAUCGUCGUAGUCUCGAGGACGCUGUUGCUCUUGCAUUCUCCCUACUCAACAGUUACAAGCUUGAAAAGCGUCCCUUCCGACACUUCCAGAGCUUUCUCUCUGAAUUUCUGCUCUACAAAGGAGUAGAACUUGCUUCCAAUCGCCCUAUUAUUAUCAAAUUUACAUUCCAGAUUCAGUACCUCGAACAUGAAUACUGCUGUUUUAUGGAUCUGUACAGGACUUCGGGCGGGGGGAACAUAGUCCUACUGCCCAUUGAAUUCUGUGUCCUCAGCACUCUCGAACUAGCUGUUGCUGUCUACGAGGACUACGGGUACCGUUUCGUCUCCAUGGAUGAAUACUCGUAUUUUCAAAAAGACAUAGCCCUCUUUUUUGAAUUUGCCAUUAAAGCUGCGAAAUGCCUGAACUUUAUGCACUUCCACGGCUUUGUGCAUGGAGAAUUGAACAUCUGGUCCUUCUGCACUUCGCCCGAUCGACGCGAUGUCAGAGUUAGCACUAUCGGUCAGGGGAAGAACUCUUUUCAGGAUUGUCUGUACAUGUUUUCUUGGUCUAGUUCAGGGCAUUCAGCCGAUACGAAUUCAUGGCUUCCUUUCAUCAGUCCGGAACAGACCGGCCGCACAUUCGAUACCGUCGAUUACCGAACCGACAUUUAUUCGUUUGGCAUUGUUUUGUUCGUGCUGCUGACUGGGACGUUUCCCUACACUGGCAAUUCUGUAAAGUUAAUUCGUGCCGUUAUAACCGAACCUUUGCCUUAUGACGACUUAGAAAAGUAUAAUGUCCCCCCUCUUUUAAUUAAGAUUCUUGCAAAAAUGACCCAGAAACGGCCUGAUGAUCGGUAUCUGUCGUUUGCUGGUCUUAUUUAUGACCUGCAGAAAUGCAGAGAUUCCUUUGAAAACAAUGACCCCGACCUUUCGGAUUUUCAGCUUGCUACACAUGAUUCAACUUACAUUUUUUACCUCCCCUCUGUUACAUUUGGAAGAGAAGCUGUGCUAGAACAGGCCAUCUCUGUUAUGCAUCUGAACUAUGCUGCGCAAUCAGCAAAGGUUCAAAAUGAAGCCAUGUCCGACGGUUCUUUUUCGGCUGACGGUGUGUCUCUACAAGAGGUAUCCUCCUUAAAAGAGCAGCUGUCUUCGAACCCAAGUUGGAACGUACUUUUGGAGGACCCUGAUGACUUUUCUUCGGUAAGUCUGUUUAUUAUUGGUGAAACCGGAAUCGGAAAAUCGAACCUAGUUCGACAAUUGUAUAGUCGCAAACAGGCUCUUAUGGCUAUCUCCGAGUUCACGGCUUCUCAGUAUGCUCCUUAUUCCGCAAUUUUGGUUGCUGUCUCGUCCAUCAUUCGACAACUGUUGACAGAAGAUGAGAAAUGUGUCUCGUUUUUCUGCAAAUGCAUAAAGGAGCGUCUUUUCUCUCAUUUUGAUGCUUUAUGCAUUUUCUUCCGGUUGGUGCCUGAAUUGAAGGGCGUUUUUUGGGAAGAACUUGACUUUUUAAAAAAGGACGAUGCCUUCUCCGGCUUUUCGAACCUUGAUUUCAUCCCGUCCACAGAUAUGUCUAUUUCAGACCCAUUUUCGUCUGAUAGUAACCCACAUGAUGCUGAUGAGGGACCUUUUUCCAAUGUUUGGGCUUCUGUUCACAACUCUCUUCGAAGCGGUACUUCAAGAGCACGUUUCCUACAUGUUAUGACAGAAUUCUUCCGCAUAUUCUCAAAAAUAAGGCCUGUAGCGCUUGUCCUUGAGAAUCUUCAAUUUGCUGAUGAAUCUUCUCUUGAGUUUCUGAAACGCAUAAUCGAUUUAAAAGUGCCUGUAUGUUUGAUUAUGACGUUGCAUUCAGAUUACAUUUACAUUCUAAAAAACUUGGAAAAGAUUCAGUCUGCAAAUGUGCUUGAAUUACAAUUGAACCCAUUGUCAUAUCAAGUUGUCGCUGAGUUUUUAAAGGUCGUCGUGCACAAAAACCUUGACUAUAUUGCUCCGCUCGUUUCUUAUGUGUAUCAUAAAAGCAUGGGUGUUCCUAUCAAAAUACGAAACAUCACAACAGAAUGUUAUGAACGGGGAAUUUUGAAGUUCAGCUGGAUGGUAAACGAGUGGUGUAUUGACUUUGAACUCCUGCAACAGAUCAAUAAGGAGACGUACGAAGAAGAUAAUCUCCAAUUAUUCCUUCGCAAGUUCAACCGACUUGAUGAUAUGCAAAAGAUCCUUCUCUCUUGGGCUGCUAUGUUGGGGGAUUAUUUUUUCUUCAACCUGGUGCGCCAACUUGCGCACGAUAGCAAUAUACCAGAGUAUCGAGCUGACAUUGACAAGCAAUCAAUUUUCCCACUACUGCGGGAUGGACUAAUUUACGAAACUGAAAAAGAUGACAUGUACAGAUUUUCUCAUGUGUCAAAUAUAGAGUCGGUAGUCUCUUUCAUUCCUAAAGAGCUUCGCAAAUUAAUGUUUGCCUCGAUGUCGAGGCAUUGUCUCAAUGAUUCGCAGUAUAUGGAUAAUCUUGAUGUUUCUUCCUAUAUCGUUCGGGCAAUUGACUUGCUUAAAGAUGAUCCCAAUAGGCUUUGUUAUAGUGAGAUCUUAAGCCAUGAGGCUCAAAAGUCACAACUGAAUUGGGAGAGCACCAGGGCAGUCUACCUUUCAAAAAAAUGUUUGCAGUUUUUAACAUUUAAUGAUUUGAACGCUUUUGAUAAAAAUUCUAGGGGCAGGGCACUAUCGGUGUUCGCUCAAGUCUCUGAACUUCUUUGGUUCUUUGAAGAUUUUGAAGAGACAGACUUGCUUUUUGGUCAGUUAGAGAAUCUUCCAUUUAGUUACGACCAAAAGAUUCCUAUCUAUAUGUUUAAAUGUCGGAUGCUAUUUGAGCAACGAAAGCCAGUUGAAUCAUACAAUUACUGUUUUGAAAACAUCAAACGGUUUGAUGUCCCGUUAACCUUUUUAACAGAUUUUGAUGUUGACACAGAAUUUAAGUGGAUGGUAUCACGAUUUUUAUCCACGCAAGCAAUAGAACAAAUUCAGCCUGAAGAUUUGAUUACCGAUUCAUCUAUAAUGAAUGUGUCCGCUUUCCUUUUUGAAGCUAUCACUGCAUCACUUUGGCUCCCAAGAGAGGAACAGGUCAUUUGUACUAGAUGUGUUAGUGAUGUCUUCUUCGAAUAUGGCCCCACGCAGUACACCGGAUAUUGUAUGAUUGUUAUUGCGAUAUUUACUGCGAAGACUGCUGGUUCUUGGGAGGACAUGCUUCAACUUGCUAACAUCGGACGUACAUUUAAUAAAAAAUACGGAACAAGGCGUUCGAAAGCAAGGGGUGAACACCUUUUCAAAGCAUUUCUUGGAAACGUAUUCUUACCUCGCGGUGCCGAAGACUAUUCAAGCAAAGAGGUUAUGAACUUGUGUAUUGCAUCUGGAGAGCGGGUUUUUCUUUCUUAUUCGUAUAUGGAAAUGCUGUGGGUCCAGUUUUUGUACUCUUCUUCCCGUAGCGAAUUUUUAACCUAUUGUGAUGACUAUCUAAAAGAAAUUUCCACUUGGGAUGCGGAUGCCAAACAUGCCUCUUUUAUUGCUCCAAUUAUUCGCUUGGUACUAUGUACUUCUGGUUAUAAUACACUGAAAGAGUCACAAGAAGCGUUUGACAAUUUACCACUGAAUACGCAUUUAACAACUAUGAAUCUACCGUAUGGUCCUAAUUUUCGCCUGUAUGGUAUAUGGUGGUACAGUUUUUAUAUGUUGAAUUUGGUUCUUCAAGAGAAUUGGCUAGGAACACUUGAACUUGGCAACUGGUACAUAAAGCAACAUUCAGUGUUGAUUUAUCAUUCUCCUCUACUAUUUACAUCCAUGAUGCUUGCAGUUGGAGCGCAUGGAAUAUUGUCAGUCUCGGGAGAGUCUGCGAAAGAAAAGGCGUCGCGUGCCUUCUCUUCUCUGAAUUUCUUACUAAAAAUGAAGGAAGAGAAUUUAAACAAUCGCUGUUUGCUUUAUGCAACUGUCAUUUUCAUAAAGGCUUACUACUUUAAAACGUUGGAUCGCAAAGUUGAUGCUGCUGUCUAUUUUGAAAAGAUUUUGACUUUCUCAGAGCAAAACGAAGUGCCGUUAUUUGCUGCAUUUGCACACGAGCAGCUUUGUGAUAUAUAUUCCAAGUCUGGAAGAUGGGUGUCAUGUUCCCAUUAUAUCCAAGCAGCUCUUAAUAUUUUCUCGGAAUUGUCAUUCUUCCCGAAAUGUGAGAUAUUGAAGAACCGUUAUCAAAAUAUUCUUAAGAUUACCAACUUACGUCCUUCUUUGGACAAGGCUACUCAAUCGUCAGAAUCAUCACAUUUCUCUCAGUCUUUUCUUCGCACUGAUAUUGAUUCGCCAGAGGAACCAGAAUCUCUGUGGUAUAGCCCGCCAAUUCCAGAAGAGGGUGAUAGUAACGAGCCAGCAUGGCAAUUGGAGAACAUGCUUACAACUUUGGAUAUAAUGGAUUUAACUUCUGUGUUAAAGUCCAGUCAGGUUAUCGCAAGUGAGCUAAAUUGGGAAAGCUUGCUGAGAAAGAUUACGGCUAUCAUGAUGGAGAAUUCAUGCUGUGAUGCCGCAUCUAUUAUUGUGAUUGAUGACUUUCGUUUUGAAUUAGUUGCCCAUCGUACAGCCGAUCACUGUGAAGUUUUUGAUCCAGCUUUUCCUGUUACAGAAACCCAAAAUUAUUUACCUUCUCGCUUACUUAAGUAUGCCGUGCAUUCUCGGCAAUCACUGUUCACGAAUAAUGUUGAAGCUGACUAUAACUUUGGAGUUGAAGCAUGGACGAAGGCUUACCCCAUGGGAAGAAGUUUAGUAAUUACUCCUGUCUACCAAAAAAAGAAGCCAGUGGCGCUCUUAUGCUUGCAAAACCAUCCCAAUGCGUUUCAAACCCGUCAUUUAUCGGUUAUGUCAAUACUGGCCUCACAAGUGAGUUUUGCUAUUGUCAAUGUAUCGUUGUUUAAGAAAUUUGAUAAGGCAACUGCAAUGAACAUGGAAAUAAUUGCUUCACAAAAGCAGGCUCUUGAGCUUGUGCAGGCUUCAAAAGCAAAUUAUAAAAAUUUCAUCAAUUCAAUGCCCUGUUUGCUGGCAAAGGGUGUUGUUCAGGAGAACAUCAUUGUUAAACCUCUUGGAUUGUUUUGGUAUGAGUAUUGUCCAAAUUUUGAUGAUACCCGGCCUGAUUUUAUGAAAGUCCUAAUACAUCCAGAGGAUUUACCAAAGGUAAAGAAGCUAAUCUUACAAAUACAUAAGGAUUGUCAAUCUCCUCCGAUCAUUGAAGUUAGAUUCUUAACAAAAUCUAAGAAGUAUCGUUGGAAUUUAAUGUCUGCGAAUCCGCUGCAUGAUUGUGAGGUGAACAACGAAAUUCUUCUUGCGGCUGUUGACAUACACGACCAAAAGCAGGCUCGAGCUAGCGCAUUCAAAGUAAUGCAGCUCCGAGCUAACUUUCUCGCUAACAUUUCACACGAACUUCGUACUCCGUUUUCCGGGUUCUACGGUAUGCUUUCUCUUCUUGCAGAAACCAACUUAGACGAUGAGCAAAGGGAUAUUGUGGCUACUGCUAAGGAUAGUUGUGAAAUGCUACUUCAAAUUAUAAAUGAUUUGCUUAACUUUACUAAACUAGAGGCCGGAAAAUCUUUGCUCUCCAUUUUUAUAAUAGCUGUUAUGGCCAAGAAGAUUUUCUUUGCUAUCUUUAUUGAUCCUCAAUUACCAUCAUUUGUUGCGGGCGACAGCACAAAAAUUGCUCAAGUACUCAAAACAAUCAUCGAGAACUCUGUUAGUGCCACCGUUGAGGGCUAUGUUCAUGUGUAUUGUGAUCUAACAAAAACACUUCAUCACAAAAAUCAAGAGGAUACUGCGGUUGUUCGGUUUACAAUUUCUGACACUAGACCACUUGAAAAGGCAUAUGAACGUGAGCGCCUUAUUGAAGGUUUACUGAACCCUUCUGACGAAUCACCUAAAGUGAAUGACAGUACUACACUUGGAAUGUCAAUAUGUUUACGCCUGUGUAAGAUUAUGUCGAAAAACCUUAACGUUUCCGUUAAUGAGGAGAAAGAGUUCUUUUCCUUUUCCUUUGAUGUGUCUCUAAAACUGUUGAACAGUCAACGCCUGGCAAUUUUAUCAAGAAAAACAAGUGACGCUCAAACUGCCUUGAAAAAGUUUUUCAAAAACAUGACAACUAUCAGAGGUCGCUUCUUUGAUAGUCCAACGUUUUUUGAUCGUAUACUUCUUAAAGACAAAUUACACGAAUUAUCGUCACGUAAUCUUGAAGUGUUCGAAAAAUCGUUACUGUCUUUGAAAUCUGAAGAACAUCAAAAAACUGAUGAGUUUUUAAAGGAUAAUCCAGCGGGACACUCUACUUUUUUUGCUCUGCAGUUACCAGUAACCGAGGAAUGCUUUUGCACUGCUUUAUUAAAUUUCUUGUCAAAAAAGCCAUAUGAGACGAUACAGAACAUUAUUGACACACAUCUGGUUACUUCUACUUCCAAGCCUUUCGAUUUUGACAAGCUGAAGGACAAAGUAAUUCUUGUUGCUGACGAUAAUGUAAUCUCACAAAUGACACUUGGAAAACAAGCAAGUCGUUUGGGAAUGAAAGCCGAAGCUGCCCUUGAUGGGGAAAUUGCUGUUCGAAUGAUUCUUGAACACCCUCCGGGUUAUUAUAGUCUUGCGUUUCUGGACCAUAACAUGCCAAAAAUGAGCGGUCUGGAAGUUGCCCGGCGGAUUCGAAAAUAUGAAAAGCAGAAGCGUGAUGCUGGCCAUCUUCCCAUAAUAGCGCUCACAGCAGACUUGAAAGAUUCUGUUGGUGAUGCUUGUUUUCAAGUGGGUAUGGACGAUUACAUUAUAAAGCCGUUGAAGAACGAAACUCUUUUAGAGAUCCUCAAAAAGUAUGUCAUUGAGGCUCGAAGUAAUUAA